UGGCAGUCUUCAGAAUGCGCUUAUCACUGUAUUAAUUCAACAAAAAUUAUAGCGGAACCAUGCGAUCCUACGAUCAAUCGUCCUAUUUAUUUUGAGAGUGUUCUGUUGAUACUGCUAUCGGUUUGUGUAUUCAAUUCGUUUCUUGCGCUGGAAAAAAUACUACUCUCGUUGAUGCUGUGCUUAGUUGCAUUGAUAAUGCUCUGGAUCACGGCUUUCCCAGGUUAUACCAGUCAACCGGUUGGAUAUUGGGACGUUCGGAAUGUGCCUGAUGAGAAUAUACCGUUUGUUGAUCGGAUGGAAUUGCUCUGCAGCGAUUUGCGAAUUUUCUUCACGUUUGUAAUCCUAUUCGCGUUUGUUCUGACAGUAAUCCAGAGCCGCAGAUCGGAGCUCAUUGCACGUUUCGAUUUUAUCUGGAAACUCCAGGCACUGGAUGAGGGUCGUGAAAUGGAGAAGAAGCAUUCACAAAAUCGAGCCGUCCUCGAGAAUAUCCUGCCAGCGCAUGUUGCUGAGCAUUUCCUCAAAGAAAAUCCUCUUCAAAGGACGGCAACGAAACAGCUAAGUCGCGAAGAAUUCAAAUGUAUCGAAAAGAUCAAGACGAUCUCGACUACAUAUAUGGCUGCAUCGGGUCUGUUCGGUGAGGUAACCGAUAACUCGCAUGUUGUGGCGGUAACUCGCUUUGCUAUUCGACUUCUCGCACUCAUACAGUACAUCAACGAACAUUCAUUCAACAGUUUCAAUCUCAGGAUAGGUAUAAACGUUGGCCCAGUAGUAGCGGGAGUAAUUGGCGUCAAGAAGCCGCAUUACGAUAUCUGGGGUAACUCGGUGAACGUUGCAAGCAGAAUGGACAGUUCUGGUGUUGCCGGCAGAAUACAGGUACCCAUCACUGAUAAUAUGCUUUUUUUUAUCUUAGAAGUUUUAAAAAACUGUUCGUUCACUGCUGCUUUAAGAAGCUAUUUCCUUGGUAUGUAUUUCUUACAAAUAAAGCGUGCAAAAGUAGUACGAUUUUGGGCUGGAUACCGAAACAAUAACAACUAAAG